AUUGUGAUUUGUUGACCUAAUAACAUAACGUUACGAUUGUCCAGACAUUAAUAUUUAUUAUUACAAAAUACCGAACGAUUAUAACUUUCUAUCGAACUCUCGAAAUCGGGCCUCCUCGGCUGUCAUGAACACCUCGUCGGUCAACGAAUUGUCAUAUAACCUGUCAUCUGUCAUUUUACGAACAUUUACUUUUUGUUGAACGCAGCCCUCAAUUCAUAGAUAUAUCAAUCUGAAUAAAACAUCCAAGUCUUUGCGAUGAAUUUUGACACAAAACCAUCCACUCGAGAACUUCAUUCUUUCCACAAUAGUCUCGCAAUUCUCCUAAAAGCAGUAGAAGGACACAAGACAACAGUUGAUUUGAGAAACGAGUCAUUCGUUUAUGGAACGGUUGAGCAGGCUGACGGGUUUAUGAACGUCGUGAUGAAGGAUUGCGUAUUCACAGAUCCCAGAGGUGACAGAUUUCCCUUCGACACGUUUUUCGUUCACGCCAGGAACAUCCGAUGUGUGCAGAUCCCGGCAAAUAUUCCAAUUAUUCCCGCCAUCAGACAUGAACUCGAGUCCAUUAAUCCCAUGUUCAGGAGGGAUAAUGUGGAGGUCAAACAGAAGAAGACUUUCAGGGAGAAGAGGAUUAAGGAUAAAUUGAAGGAUGACAAAGCUGCUGUACAGGAAAUUCUAUCGAAACAGGAGACUUCCGAUUCUGAGAGGCUAUAAGAUUUUUUAUAAAUUAGAUUAGCUGUUGUUGGUGAACUUGUAUAUUUUUGGAAAAAUAAUUUUCAUUAAAGCAAAUAUAGUUUUUUUUUCUAAUA